AUUGUUGAUGAGCGAGAUUUGACGUCGAUUUCCCUUUGUUUAAAAACUGAGGGAUGCGAUCAGAUCCCUUUCACACCCACUCACCCCCACCUAUUGGCUGGCAUUUGUCGAGCCUUUGGGCAAGGCAACAUUUCCCCUUAAUCCCCGUAACAGUCCGUCCUUGUUAUUAUCUUUAUUUACGCAUCUCAUCAUUUUGCAUCGUACAUCUCCUAAUCAAAUAUCGACAAAAAUGUCCAACGCGGACCUCCCUCACAUUAGCCAAGAUGCUGGUGAAGACGGAACACCUUUGGUCAGAACAAACACAACUGGCCGUGUCAUUUGGCAGGGACGCCUGUCCGGUGAACAGGCACGUCCACUAGACGCCCCAGACGAAAUCGUGGUCGGGUUGCCGUCGCAAACGUCCGAAAGUCAGGCAGGACAAAGUCCACCACAGGAACCCGAACCAAACCUGGAGAGCGUGAUAGAAGUUCGAGAAACGUCCGCGAAUGAUACUCAUGAUGCGCGGCCGCCUCAACCGGACCGUGUUCAAAGCUUGACGUCGUACCAGCGUGAAAUGGCUUUUGGUGAGCCAUUGGCUGUAAAGAAAUAUGUCAAGGGCGAAGCUGGCGAAAUAUUCGAAGAGGUGUCGGAUGAUGAGGAAGAAACCGAUGAAGGUAUCGUGGCGGACGCGCCGUACAAAGUUGAAGAUCAUGAUGUGCCAAUGAACGACAUUUCCAAGAAGAAAUCUCGGUCGUCGCUGGCGAGUGGAAAGAGUGGAAAAAGAAGAAAGGGUGGAGUCGACCCUCGCAAAGACGAUUUCGAUUUCGAAGCUUGGUUACAUUAUCGUCAGAAGAAAUACAAUGAAGCGGGCUUUAUUGUACCGGAAGUCAUCCUCACCUACAAGGACCUGGCCGUGUUUGGAGAUCCUGUUGUCCAGCCAUAUAUCGAGACAGUAGGAAAAGCGAUCCUGAAUACGAUCAAUAUAGUGCCCCCUAUCCGCCGAAUGACUAGGUCUCUGGCAGGCAAUCCACUGCCAAAACCCGAGAACAGACAGAUACUAUACCCAAUGAACGGAUUCUGCAAACCAGGCGAAAUGACACUGGUCCUCGGUCGUCCGGGCGCAGGCUGCUCAACACUCCUUCGCACGUUGGCCAAUGUUACGGAGGGCUUGUCUGAAGUGAGGGGAGACGUGGCAUUCAACGGGAUCGACAACAAGACGUUCAAAAAACAGUAUAGUUCCUCAGUUGCCUACAACCCCGAAACCGAUCCUCACUUUGCAAGCUUAACUGUGCGCCAGACACUGCGGUUUGCGCUCGAAUGCCGAAUCGGCGGUGCUGUAGAGGAACGAAGACGAGAGCGUAUUGAAGAGUGGAUCGAUGUGUGUGUGAGAGUGUUUGGACUGCAGAAUUGCGCAGAUACGAAAGUCGGGGAUGAAAUGAUUCGAGGUUGUUCUGGUGGUGAAAAGAAGCGCGUGUCCAUCGCCGAGCAGUUGUGUGUGGCUGCCUCAAUGGGAUUCUGGGAUGGUUCAACCAAAGGUCUUGAUUCGUCUUCCGCUCUCGACUUUGUGCGCGCUCUCCGGGUCCUGACGGAUAUUACCCAAACGGGCAAUGUCUUGUCACUAUAUCAAGCAUCUCAAGACAUUUAUGAUCUGUUCGACAAGGUGUGCUUGAUCGCCGAUGGUCGAUGCAUCUACUUUGGCCCUGCCAAGGAUGCCAAGCCCUACUUUGAAUCCAUUGGAUUCUUCUGCCCCAAACGAAAGGUAACGCCAGACUUUUUAACUGGUAUUACCGAACCGAUGGAGAGGGAUGUGCAAAAGGGCUGGGAAAGUAAAGUACCCAAUACUACUGAAGAGUUUGAAGCGAUGUUCCGUCAAAGCGAUGUGUUUAGAAGAAUGGAAAAGGACCGGGAGGCUUUGUUGAAUGAUGUCAAGGUUGGAAGACGUGGGUCGAUCUUCGGAAAGCAGGUGCUAUCGAACAAGCAAGUACUCGGUCGAGAUGACUUGCUUAAGACACAGUACACGACGUCGUUGUGGCAACAGAUCAAGGCCAAUUUCAAGCGUGAAGUUAACCUGCAGAAGGGUAACGUCGCAUUGAUCGGCCGUGUGUUCUUUGAUACCUUCAUGGCGAUUAUCAUCGGUUCAGCAUUCUUCCAACUCGAACCUAACGUCUCCGGUGCUUUCUCACGAGGUGGUGUACUCUUCUUCGCCCUACUGUACAACUGCUUCGGUGCCCUCGCGUCUGUUCCGCUGGUGAUCCAAGGACGUGCUGUGGCAGCCAAGCACAAGUCGUAUAAGCUUUACAGGACGUAUAUCUCACCGCUUAUCAUGCAAGCUGUGGAUAUUCCGGUUUCAAUCGUGAUGAUUAUUAUUUGGAGUUGUAUCAACUACUGGAUGGUCGGCUUGAAGGCUACUGCUGGAGCAUUCUUCUCCUACAUGGCGUUCCUCUUUGCCGCUAACCAAGCCUUUGGUGGGAUGGUGCGCAUCGUAGCCUCUUUGGCACCAAACCUGGAAGCCGCGACGCAAAUCAACGGUAUCUUCCUUCUAUUCUUCAUUCUAUAUACCGGAUAUAUCAUUCCGUAUCCCUCGAUGCAACCGGUCUUGAAGUACAUCUUUUGGAUCAACCCCCUUGCGUACGGUCUAAGAGCGCUAUUGGAAAACGAGUUUGACGGACAGCAAAUUAAUUGUGACGGUGCAUUCUUACCUCCAUAUCCCAAUGUUCCUGAUGCAAACAAGGGAUGUGCUAUGAAGGGUUCCGUCCCUGGCCAGCCGUACGUGGACGGUAUGGCCUACCUUCGGGAGAGCUUUGGAUACGGCGCCUACAACCGCUGGUUCAAUUUUCUGAUUCUGAUGGGAUUCUGGGUCGUGAUUAUUUUUGGAAUGAUGGCUGCAAACAAGUAUGUUGACUAUUCUCCCCGAUCUUACUCGAUCAACAUGUGGAAAAAGGCCAAGGACCUUGCCGGCCGUCCGGGACGGAAACACAAGGGGGCGACACAGCAGCAAAAUGGUCCUGCAGAUUUGGAGCGCGGACCGGAUGGUUCUUCUGUACCCACCUCUGGGGACCCAAACAGCGCCGAGCGCACCGCCGCAAAGGUUGGAGGAAUAAUCAGAGCCGAGGCUUUCACAUGGAAACAUAUCAAUUAUACUGUUCCUACCAAAGAUGGACCGAAACAAUUGCUGAACGAUGUGUCUGGUUAUGUGCGCCCGGGAGAAUUGACCGCAUUGAUGGGAUCGUCCGGUGCGGGUAAAACAACCCUCAUUGACGCAAUCACCCAGCGUAAGACAAUUGGCAAACUUGAGGGGCAGAUUUACGUUGGCACACAUCCUCAGGACAAUCUUUUCAAGAAGAACACUGCUUACUGUGAGCAAAUGGAUGUGCAUAAUCCGGGUACAAGUGUUAGAGAAGCUCUCCGGUUUUCCGCCAGAUUGCGUCAAGAACAUUCGGUGCCUCUGGAGGAAAAGUAUGCGUUCGUCGAGACUGUCAUUGGGCUUUUAGAGCUGGAGCCCAUUGCAGACGCCGUGAUCGGUGACUCUGCAACCGGUGUCGGUAUCUCCAACGAGCAGCGAAAACGAGUUACUAUUGGUGUCGAGCUCGUUGCCAAGCCGAAAAUUCUCUUCUUGGAUGAACCAACGUCUGGUCUGGACUCGCAAGCCGCUUUCAACAUUAUUCGUUUGCUCCGCAACCUUGCCAACAGUGGCCAAGCCAUCCUGUGUACCAUCCACCAACCGAGUGCGGUUCUCUUUGAACAGUUCGACAGUCUCCUCCUUCUUGCCCGCGGCGGGCGCGUAGUCUAUUUUGGCGAACUCGGUCAAGAUUGCGAAAAGAUUACUGGUUAUUUUGAAAGCCAAGGCGCUCCACCAUGUCCACCCACCGCAAACGUAGCCGAAUACAUGUUGGAUGUCAUUGGGGCAGGAACAGCUCGUCGGGAUGCAACAAGAGAUUGGCCAGAGCUGUGGAAGGAGAAUCCACGAUUCCAACAGAAUCUAGACAAGAUUGAUGAAAUCCGUGGUGUGGGUGAUACUGGAGCAAAAGACGUAUCGCAAGCGGUGCAUUUGAGGGGAAAAGCCAAAAGGGAACAGUUUGCUGCGCCAUUUUCGACCCAGUUGGGCGUUGUUUGGAAGAGGAUGCUGAUAUCAUAUUGGAGAAACCCGGAGUACAAUUAUGGACGAGUGCUCUCUCAAAUCAUGGCUGCUCUUCUCAUUGGAUUCACCUUCUUCCAAUUGACCAACUCUGUAACGGACAUGCAGAAUAAAGUCUUUGCCAUCUUCAUGGCUAUGACGAUUGGUGCCUUAUUGAUCAAUUUGGUACAGCCGAACUAUAUUCGCAACAGGUCCUGGUUUACGCGAGAAGCGGCUGCAGGCUUUUAUGACUGGAAAGCCUUUGCACUAUCUAUUACAACCGCUGAGAUCCCCUUUGCUCUCCUUGCUGCAACGUGUUUCUUUGUGAUCUUCUACUUCUUGGCUGGGUUGAACGGAGAUUCUUCCCGUGCCUUUUACUUUUGGCUCAUUUACGUUGUGUUCAACUUCUUUGGCGUUUCGCUUGGACAAAUGAUUGCCGCCGUGUCUCCCACCCUGCAGUUUGCUGCCGUUUUGAAUCCAUUCUUCUUGUCGAUGCAAAUGCUUUUCUGUGGAGUAACCAUAACAUACGCGGCGAUGCCCAAAUUCUGGCGUUCUUGGCUCUACCACAUCGAUCCUUUCCGCUACUUUGUGGAAGGCGUAAUUGGAAAUGAACUUGGCGGGGUACCAGUAACUUGCGAAGGAAACGAAGUGACCAUCAUCUAUCCUCCUUCCGGCCAGACGUGCAGCCAAUAUUUCCAACCCUUCUUCCAGGCGGGUGGUCCUGGCCAAUUGCGCGAUCCCUCUUCCAGCAGUGUCUGCGAGUACUGCAUGUAUGCUGUGGGUGACCAGUUUGUCGAACGGCUCGGUUGGUCUUUUGACAACCGAUGGAGGAACUUUGGGAUUUUGUGUGGGUUCUGGGCUUUCAAUAUUGUUGCCGUUGCCCUUUUGGUGAGACUAUAUAGGACUGGGCGCUAAAGGACAUGCUACAUAUUAUCUAGACCACACUUUUUACUUGCCACAAUAAUAUUAUUUCUUUCGGAGGUUCAGUUCGCAGCAAUACAGUAGUUCUUU